AUGCGCGUGGACGCGGCUCGGGAGCUGCUGUACUGCGAAGAACAACGAAAAACGCUGUUCAGUGCUGUGGAUUCGUCUCUGCUGGAUCAGACCGUUCAAGUUCUGUUGCAGGUGACACUGGACGUCCCGAAUCAAGCGUUUCUGCUCUUCAUCCUGGAUCAGAUCCACUCAAGGUGGACUGAUGGGGAGAAAGCGUCUCUGUCCUCCUUGACGUUUCUGGGUAAACUGCUGGAUGCUCAUCCUGCUCUGAGUCAAACGCUGACGUCCAGCCGCCUGUGUGUGCUGGAGUGUGUGUGCUCAGCUCUGCUGGUCUCAGAUGAGGACGUGAAGGCCGCCGUGUGUUACGUGAUGUUCAGGAUCUGGAGUUGCGCUCCUGCGAUUCAGACGCUUCCAGACACACUCCGACAGCGCAUGUGUGUGUUACUGCUGCACACACUCUCACACACACACACCACAGCGCUCACCGUCAACUGCUUGGGUGUGGUGAAGCAGAUGUGUCAGUACUCUGAUGUCGUGUGUGUGUUGAUGAGGGACCUGAAGGACGGAGGUGAAGAUCCUCUGCCCUAUCAACCACUGCCGCUCAUCCUGAAGAAGCUGUUGUUGAGCACUCAGGACUCUCUGCAGGUGGUUUCUGUGCGCUGUGUGUGUGCCGUACUGAUUCACGCUCCUCUUCACUUCUCUUCGUCCUUCAUUCAGGCUGAUUUACCCGGUGUGGAGCCACUGGUUCGCUCUCUGAAAGAGACUCUGGGAAAAUCCAACACUGAGGUGCAGAUAAAAGGACUGGAGCUGCUGACGGCCAUAUUGGACAGGCAGCCUGCAGCGGUGCGUCUCUUCCCGACCGGCUCUGAGUUUUCUGCCGUGUGUGAUGUCAUCGUGGAGGGCGUGGCCUCAUCCUGUCUGCAGGUGUCCAUGUGUGCGGUGCGAGCCGCUGCUGUCCUGCUCAGGCCCAAUCAUCAGUCCAGUCCGGUUCAGCUCGCAGACGUCAGGAGGAUCGUGGAGGUCGUGAUGUUCAAAAUCACAGAGCACCAUCACACACGCAACAGAGAGAGCUGCUCUGGUUCAAAGUCAGUGACAGCAGGAGUUUUACUGCAGAUGCUCACAUGCUUCGACGCCGCCUGCAGGUUGGUGGAGGCGUGUGUGUGUGACUCGACUCUGAAGGACGGUGUGUGUUCAGUGCAGGAGACGCUGGAGUCUGUGUGUGUGUUUCUGCUGCACUGCUGCGACGCUGCCUGCAUCCCUGCAGUUACUGGUGUGUGUGAGCGCGUCUCAUCUCCUCAGGUGCUGCAGCUCUUCCUCUCGGUUUUGUCGUGUCAGUUUUCUCUGUGUCCUGAUCACAUGACCUCCUUCUCCAAGAAGCUUGUCUUCAUGUGUGAUUGGUGUAGUUUAGUCACAUGA